AUGGAAGCGCAGGACCGCAUCACCAUCACCAUCUGCGGCGACGGAGGAUGCGGGAAAAGCUCGAUAACCCUGCGCCUCGUGCGCUCCGAGUGGACGUCCGACUACGACCCCACGAUCGAAGACUCGUACUCGGUCACCCGCUCCAUCGACGGCCACUCGUACCACCUCAUGCUCACCGACACCGCGGGGCAAGAGGAAUACCGCGGCCUCUGGGCGGCCAGCAACCUGCAGUCCGACGCCUUCCUGCUCGUCUACGACAUCACCUCGCCCUCGUCCCUGGACGCGCUGGACUACUUCAUGGAGAUGAUCACCAUGGAAACCGAGACCCGCCUGGACAACAACGGCAUCCCGCCCGUCAAGAUCGUAGCCGCCAACAAAUGCGACCUGCAGACCCUCCGCGCCAUCGACGCCAAGACAGGCCUCGAGUGGGCCCGCGCCAGGGGCUGCGGCUUCAUGGAAACCAGCGCCCGCGACAUGGUCAACAUCGAGGAGACGUUCGCCCUGCUCGUCCGCCGCGUCGCCGAGGCCCGCGCAAACGCCGGCCGCGCCCAGCCCGCGACCACGGCCUAUCCGCACACGCCCCAGCUGGCGGAGCAGGGCGCGGGCGGGGAGAAGGCCGGUCGCGCCGGGGAGAGCGCGCGAGCGGGUGACGAUGAGGCGGCGGACAAGGACGGGUUCUGGAGCAGACUGCGCUGCUGGUGA